CAGGCGCGGUGGGGAAGAUGGCGUACCAGAGCCUCCGGCUGGAGUACCUGCAGAUCCCGCCGGUCAGCCGCGCCUACACUACCGCCUGCGUCCUCACCACCGCGGCCGUGCAGUUGGAAUUGAUCACACCUUUUCAGUUAUACUUCAAUCCUGAACUAAUUUUUAAACAUUUUCAAAUAUGGAGGCUAAUCACCAAUUUCUUAUUUUUUGGUCCAGUUGGAUUCAAUUUUUUGUUUAACAUGAUUUUUCUAUAUCGUUACUGUCGAAUGCUAGAAGAAGGCUCUUUCCGAGGUCGGACAGCAGACUUUGUAUUUAUGUUCCUUUUUGGUGGAUUUUUAAUGACUCUUUUUGGUUUGUUUGUGAGCUUAGUUUUUUUAGGCCAGGCCUUCACAAUAAUGCUGGUCUACGUGUGGAGCCGAAGGAACCCGUAUGUCCGCAUGAACUUCUUUGGGCUUCUAAACUUCCAGGCCCCCUUUCUGCCGUGGGUGCUCAUGGGGUUUUCCUUGUUGUUGGGGAACUCAAUUAUUGUGGACCUUUUGGGUAUUGCAGUUGGGCACAUAUAUUUUUUCUUGGAAGAUAUAUUUCCCAAUCAGCCUGGUGGAAUAAGAAUUCUGAAAACACCAUCUAUUUUGAGGACUAUUUUUGAUACACCAGAUGAGGAUCCCAAUUACAACCCACUACCUGAAGAGCGGCCAGGAGGCUUCGCCUGGGGUGAGGGCCAGCGCCUUGGAGGGUAAAGCAGCUGUGCCAAUUAUGAGACCCAUCUGAGAAGGACUCAGUGAAAUGCCCAUUGGGAUUCUUUUAUCCCUUGUUGCAAAAGUGUGGACACUUUUGACAGCUUGACAGAUUUUUAACUCCAGAAGCACUUUACGGAAUGGUACACUGACUAACGCAGAAGAUAUUUCCAGCAGUUGCCAGGGUCCCUCACUAUGCUGGUACUAAAAGUAUAAUCUCUUGGAGCCAAAAAACUGGAGAAACAGAUACCCUGCCACCUCUGACAAGUACAUGGGUACUUGAGCUCUGUGGCAUGAGACAGGGCGUUUCCUCCUCCUCUUCUUUGAUAGACAAGGCCGUGGUGUAAAUGGAAGUUUCAGAGAGGACAAAAUAAAACUGAAUUCCAUCUCUCUCACACUGUAUCUAAGCUUUCGUGUGAUCUUUUAAAUCAUGGUAAUGUGUUCUAGCUCUCCUGCAUAGGUCUGAACACAGCAGUUUCUCGUGUCUCCACGGCUUUCAACUGGAUUUCAAGAUUGGAAAUAAACAGCUGUUAUGUACAUCGGACUAGUUCAGAGUCGUAGCCUCAGUAGGAGGAAGAUUGGUUUCUGCCAUUAAGAUAGUUCUCCAUCUGAAAACCACAAAGCUUCAAGUUAGACCACAGGAGGAGAGAGAAAGGAGGGUGAUUUCUUGUACCGGAGGAAUCUGUAGGAAAGUCAGCUGCAAACACAAAGCAACUGUGACAUCUCUUGUAGCUGGAAUUUCUCCACUAAGAAACACCCAGAUUAGGCCACCCUUUGUCAUAGUGCAGGAAUAUGAAUGGGAAGCCAUUGGGAAUGUGUUCCUCUUGUCAUUUCUUUCAAGAAAAGCUCAAAACCUUGCCAGAGCAGAGCCAAGUGCCUGGGUCACCUUCCCGGUCAGGUAGAAAUGAGGGUGUUUGGAAGCAGCCACACCGAUGGUUCAGUGAAUGCUUGUCAAAGAUAGUACAUCUUGUUUUACAUUCAUGCUGCUUUAUCAGAACCCAGAAAGACGAUCUCAGACCGUCUUCAUAAACCUCAGAUAGGCAAGGGCUCCCUAGACUGGAUCGUCCUAUUUUGGCUGAGUUGCUUUCUAGAAUGAGAUCUUUCUCAGAGGUUGGCAUAGGCUUAAAUAAACCAGAGUAGACAGUCGAGGUGAAGCUUCAAGUUGUCUUGAAAGCGGAAAGUAUCUUAAUGACUAAGUGGAAUAUAUGUAAGGAAUGAAAUAAGUACAUCUUAGAUGUUGCCAGUAAAUACCUGAAAAGGAUUUCAUGAAACAUGUGUUAACGGGACUGCUUUUCUCUUGUUUAAAAGUCUUUUAAGUUUAAUGACAGUCUUAGAUUAUAUGAUCCUCAUGGGAUUCUUAAGUUUAAUCAUUGUUUCUGUUCAAGAAAGCUUUAUCGGUAACUUUUAGAAAUUUGUUUUUAUUAUUAUUGCUUGCUUUUGAGCCAGAAAUGAGUUUCUUUAGGUUUUAUUUAUUGUCCCUGAAUUAAUUUUGGAUUUAGCUAAUUAGUGGAAUUUUUGUGGUAAAGUUUUAAUUCUAAAAUCUCUUUCCCUGCUGUUGAUUUUAAAUAGAGAUACCUGUACAUACUAAUGACUGGGUAAAACAGGAAAUGCGUUUUAAGUAGCAAAUACCUGUACAUAUUAAUGGCUGGGUAAAGCAGGAAAUGCAUUUUGGAUGCAUAGCCUAAAGCAGUCUCUGGUUGCUUUUUGUUUUGGUUUGGUUUUUUGGUUUUAAGAGGCAGGAUUUCUCUAUGUAACAGCCCUGGCUGUCAUUGGAACUUGCUCUGUAGACCAGACUGGCCUCAAACUUGCAGUCUCUGGUUUUUAGGAGGUCAGUUCCUAUUGGCAAAAUGCCAUGCUGUGUUCCACACUGUGCCCUGAGAAUGCCAGUUUCAGUCAUUUGGCCUCUUAGUUUGGCCAGUCCCAUAUUUGUGUCCCUGGCCCUGUGUAGUCUGAUAGGAUCCCUUGAGCUUACCUGGGCACGAGGAAAAGUCCUCAUUUUCCCAGCAAACCUCUUGAUUCUGGUUCUUCCAAAACACACUUCCUUUUUGUAAUGUGAGUCAACAGAAAAGUGAGAUUGGAUUAUGGGAUUCUGUGACCACUUAAGCGUAUAUGAAUAUAGUUUGAGACGUCUCCUGGAUUGUACGAGAAAUAACUGAAAAGCACGCCUAAAGCAUAGGGAGUUUUGUUCCGUUGUUAUAGAAACACGAUAUAUGUUCAUUUAAAAGUGAAUGGACAUGCUCUCCCUGAAUGGACAUGCCAAUUGUAUCUCCCUAGGAGAUACAUUUUAUAUACUUUGGUGUGUUUUUUUCACUAUGAAUUUUUACUUGUUUCUUCUACUUCUUUUUCUGUCAUUCUUCUACGUCUUCCUGUCUUUUAUAUUUCUUUUGUACUUGUGUGAGGCAAAACAUCCACAUCCUGGAUCUUGAAAUGGAACCAUAGCACUGUCUCUGGGGUCCUCUGGGGAUUAGGAAACAUUGGAGCUAUUGGCAUGUUGUGUACAUGCUUCCUAGAAUUGUCAUGCCUUCUGCCACUGUUUUACUUUGUGGCUGUUUUCCUUUGCCAGGUGACUUCUAGUUGGGUUAGCCAAUAUCCUGCCCUUCGUUCUCUUCAGGAUGACUAAGCUACUUACUGUUUUGAGUUUUCAUUAAAGCUCUUGAACCUUGCUUUUAUGGUUAAGCGGCUCUGCUCAGAAGUCUGCAGUCAAUUCUUGGCCCUUAUCAAAUGCAUAUCUGUCUUCCUCUGAAGCUUGCUCCCACUUCCACCUAGCAGGGACCUCAAUUUAAGUUCUUCAGUCCUUGAAGACCCUAACACUCAAAUCUUAGUACAAAGGUCUAUUUCAUUGUCUUCUUUAAAUCCCUAUGAAGCUUCAAAUCUGUACUAAAAUUCUUAUACCAAACCAUACAUUGUCUUGUACUGUUCUUAGCUGCUACAUGUUAGUUUUGUUUCCUUCAUGAGAAUGUAAGCUCCUUAAGGGCAGGGACUAUGUCUUAAUUUUUGUAUCGACCACAGUGCCUAGCACUGUGCUUGGCACAUGGGUGCUGAAUAAAUACUUUGUUCAUUUGUCAGCAAA